AUGGGUGUUGAUGAUAUACUUGAUUUAUUGCAAAAAGAGUCUAAAACCUAUAACAACAAUGAACAAGAGGAAUUUGCUGUUUGGGAAGUUUUGAACUCCAGUUUGUUACAGCUUAGGCGUGAAUUAUGGAAAGAUGGAAAAAUCGUUAGUUUUGUCGUCAAGAAGAUUUGUAACAUUUAUAUCUCUUGUAAAAAUAUGAGUGGGUCAACAUUUUCCUCUACAACAACCUCCUUUCAUUCGUUUCCCUCUGCACCAUUACUUUACUAUCGGUUCAAUUCAUCAUCGACACAAACAUCUCAAACUUCACCAUUGAACCUAUUAGUUGACCCACAACAAUCGCGAUGCUUUUUUACGGUUAUACCUUCCGAAAUAUUCGUUGAAAUUUGUCGAUUCCUUACCCCAUGGGAUUUGGAUGCAAUUUCACUCGUUUGCAGUAAAUUUCAUGAAUAUUUAACAUGUCCCACUUCAUCCACGACCAUGAAUAUAUGGCGUACUUCAAGAAAAAGUACGAUAUUUUUCCCACAAUUACCCCUACCCGAAGGUAUGAACGAAAGGGAUUAUUGUUUAGUCUCCAUGUUGGAAAGGGGUUGUCAAUUUUGUAAUGAAAAAUUCGAUAAUAUAAGAAUUUAUUGGAUUUUUCGCGUUCGGUCUUGUUGGAAUUGCAUAAUGGUUCGAACCAUACGUAUAUCACAGAGGCAAUCGGUCCCAAAUUUUACAGCCGGUUUACCGUAUGCAACCUUUCGAGAAGAAGGAAUGUUUGGUUAUCAAUGUAAGGCAUUUUGGAAGUCAGACUUUCGGUUUGCUGAAAUUGAAUUAUCAAAAAUAAAAAAAUCAGAACGGAUGAAUUGGAUCGAGGAAAAGCGAGCUAAAUGCGAACAUUUAUUAACGGAUGCCUUAGAACGGGAAAAAGCCGAAAAAGAUUCCCGAAAGUUACAUAAUCAUGCGAAAUCGGAUAAGAUUAAAAAUUUUAGUUGUAAACUGAUGCGCAAUGCUUGUUACAGUUUUAAUAAACUACGUUUAUGUCCAACUUUCGCUGAAACGAUCGCCUUACCAAAUCAUUUAUUUGUAAAGUUUACAUUUACAAAUUGGAAGGAUAAAAUAAUUAAAGAAUACCACGAGGAAGAAAAAAAGGAUUCAAUUCGUUUUAAAUAUCAUCAAAUUGACAAAAGAUUAUUGGAUAUGCUUGGUCCGUUAAUCAAUUGGAAGGAACAUUGCGCGACAUAUAAGUCGCCACCUUACAUUGACCAAGAUCCAAGAAAUCCAUGGAGCGAAGAAUUUAUCGAAUUUGUCAUCAUACCAAAAAUAGUAAAAGAAGCUAUUUUAUGUGAGGAAAAGGCUAAAUUUGCGAAGGCUGCGUUGCAAUUAGUUGAAAAUUUAAUUUUCAAAAAGGUUGUCGAUGUAAAAUCUGCAAUUGCAUUUGGAUUAGGAGGAAAUAUUAUCGAAAACCAUCUAAAAAUAAGUCAUGGACAUUUAGAUUUAGAAUGUAUUGAAAUAGACUAUAAUAUAAUGUACAACAAAUAUUUCAAGAAUUAUUCCAUUAAUUGGUUUGAGACAGGAAGGUAUCCCUACAAUUUGUCGCAAGAAUUUAUGAACAUUUUAAAACGAUAUCAAAUGCCAUGGUGGGAAACUCAAACUAUUUAA